AUGACUAAAGCUUCCUUUAAUGUUAUUGUUGUCGGUGGUGGUAUCGGUGGUCUUGCUGCUGCUAUUGGUUUAAAAAGAAAGGGCCAUAAUGUUACUAUUCUUGAAGGUUCAUCUUCCUUAAGUGAAGUUGGUGCUGGUAUCCAAAUGCCUCCAAACAGUAUAAGAAUUCUUAAGGAAUACGGAAUCUAUGAAAGAUUCGUGCCUUAUGUCACUAAACCAAAAAACAUCAUUCUUAAAAGAUUUGACACUGGUGCCGCUCUUUCUACCACUCCAUUAGACCCUGAUAUGACUGAUGUUUAUGGAUACCCUUAUUUGUUGAUUCACAGAUAUGAUUAUCAAAAAAUAUUAUUCGAAGCUGCCACUGAUUUGGGUAUUGAGUACAAAUUGAACACUAGAAUUGAUAGAGUUGAUGAUGCAACUGCUACUAUUUAUGCUGAAGAUGGUACUACUUAUACCGCUGAUUUAAUUAUUGGUGCUGAUGGUAUUCGUUCAAGAGUUAGAGACACCGCUGUUGUCAACGAUGAAACUGUCUUACCUCUGCCAUCCGGUAACUGUGCUUUUAGAGCCACUGUUUCAAAAGAAGAUAUGUUAGCUGAUCCAGUUAUUGCUCACUUAAUGACUGAUAUCAACUCCAACUGUUGGAUUGGUUACAGAAGACACGUUAUGGCCUAUCCUAUUAGAAACGGUGAAAUGUAUAACAUUGUUAUGUCUCACCCAGGUCAAGCUUCUGUUGGAAAAUGGAAUGAGCCAGGUGAUGUUGAAGAAAUGAGAGCUCACUACAAGAAUUUUGACCCAGUAGUUAGACAAUUGCUUACUCAUGUCAAAACCGUAUUAAAAUGGGUUCUUGCUGAUUUACCAAUGUUACCUAGAUGGGUUAGUGAACAUGGUCACGUUUUAUUAAUUGGUGAUGCUGCUCAUGCCAUGUUACCAUACUUAGCUCAAGGUGCUGCUCAAGCUAUUGAAGAUGGUGCAACUUUAGCUGAAGAAUUAGACAAAGCUACUUCUGCUUCUGAUAUCCCAGAAGUUCUUAAGAAAGUUCAAAAGAGAAGAAAGAGAAGAGUUGAAACCAUCCAAGCUGGUGCUAGAAAGAAUGGUCACAUCUGGCAUUUACCAGAUGGAGAUGAACAAGAAGAAAGAGAUGCUCUUAUGGCUGCUAGAGAUGGUCACAGUCCAGAUCAAUGGUCCGACAGAGAAUUCCAACAAUGGCUUUUCGGAUGGAACGCUUUCACUGAUUAA